UUGACACCCAUAACCUUAGCGUAAAGAACUAGGCAAUCAUUUGUUUAUAAUUUUGUGACCAAAUUGCCCCUAGCCAGGCCCUCCACGGUGUGACACUACAGAUGAAAAAAAUUGGGCCCCAUAGUGGAAAAAUUGGCAUCGGACUCUUAGACUGCAGUGUGUGGCUUUGGUUCCUCUUCCUCAACCAAUGUUUCCUUCGAGCGAUAAAAAUCCCCUUCUUCCCGUCGUCCUGAGCCCCAGCAAAAUCCCCAAAUCCCAUCAAUCUCUCGGUCUCCAAAAAAAAUCGAGUUCCCUUCUCUCAGAUCUGGGCUCCCUACCACUUCUCUCUAGCUGAUCUGGUGUAAUAGGAAGGAGCGCGCGUGCGAGGUUCAGCGCGUGUGGGUAGUAGGGAGGAGGAGCUGGAGGAGCCGCGCUGGGGAGGACGCGGCUAAGGCGGCGAGGCCCGUGAGGAGGCACGCCGGGAGGUUGGCGGGGUUCGCAGCAAGCACGCGCGCGAAGGAGUGCGGCGAUGGGAGGGACGGGGGCAGGUGCAGCGGGACGAGGAGCGUGCAGCCUGCGUCGGCGAGCAGCGUCGCCGCCGCGUCGACGACAGCGAAGGGGGUGGAGGGGAGGGGAGGGUUGCAGGAACACUGCCUGCCUGCCUCUCACUUUCUCCCUUUUUUAAUCGGCUGGCAUCGACGCAAGAAGUGAGCACACGUGUGCAAGCGAGCACCACACAAUCGAAGUGAGCAAAUUGGCGGGCUGUUCAAAUUUCAGAACUGGCGGCCAAUUCUUGCGUGCUCAUUUUCUCUAUUUUCCUAGCUUUUCUUCUCCUCCUCAUAUUCCCUUCUCAGCCAUGGCUUUCUUUGACUUAAACAAAUGCCUUGAUGAAGAUCACAGUGGGCAAGGAAGGAGCGAGGUUCUACAAGACUUUGAUUUGAACAGAUACCCUGAAGAACAAAUACCCCACCAAGACUAUACCUAUCAACUGGUUCUGAGAGAUUUCGAUUUGAACCUCGUACCCCAGCAGGAAAUAGAGGUGGAGCGUCCCUACCAAGGUUCAGCAGCUUCCAAUGGUCAUAUUAUUAAAUAUUCUUGCAAGAAGGGACUCACUAAUGAUCAGCGAAUGGAAGUGUAUAAAGCUCUUGCUUUGAGAAGUACAAAAGGAAAGGUAUCACAGGAAAUUGUCAGAGACAUUGCAGCAUCAUUCUUAGUUAGUCCUCGAACAGUUUGGCGUAUUUGGUGGCGUGCAAGUCAAUGUUUCAAGCAGGGUGAGAACAUAGAUGUCACUAAAAAGAGGUAUAACUGUGGUCGUAAGGAUCUCCUGGUUGAUCUAAGCAAGAUGCAAGAUAUCCCUGUUUCCAAGAAGACAACAUUGGAUGAUCUGUCAAGACACUUGCAUGUUAGCAAAACCAAACUUUGGAAGCUUAAACAACAAGGUCAGAUAAAGAGACACUCAAACACAAUAAAGCCCUUGUUAAAGGAUGAGAACAAGAAAGAAAGACUCAGGUGGUGUAUUUCCAUGCUUGAUCCAAGUAGCAUAAAUUGUGACCCAAUUUUCAAGGACUUCUCUGAUAUUGUGUAUAUAGAUGAAAAAUGGUUUUAUCUUACAAGGAAGACUGAGAGAUAUUAUCUUCUUUCAGAUGAAGAGGAGCCUAUUCGGACAUGUAAAAGUAAGAAUUUCAUCCCAAAGGUAAUGUUCCUCUGUGCUGUUGCUCGUCCAAGGAUGGCUAGUGAAGGAAAUUGCACAUUUGAUGGGAAAAUUGGGUGUUUUCCUAUGGUUACAUAUGAAGUUGCUAGAAGGUUAAGUAAAAAUCGGGUGGCGGGAACAUUAGAGAUGAAACCUAUUAUGUCAAUUACGAAAGAAGUGAUGCGGUCCUUUAUUAUUGAGAAAGUUCUCCCUGCAAUUCGAGCAAAGUGGCCAUCCGAGGACAUUGGGAAACCAAUAUAUAUCCAACAAGAUAAUGCUCGCACUCAUGUUGAUCCUGGUGAUCCUUUAUUUUGUGAAGCAGCACAACAAUAUGGACUCAAUAUUCAACUAGUUUGUCAACCGCCAAAUUCGCCGGACUUUAAUAUCCUUGAUUUGGGCUUCUUCUCUGCUAUUCAGUCCAUCCAAUAUAAAAAGGCUGCUAGAACAGUACCUGAGCUUGUUGCUGCUGUUGAACAGGCAUUCCAAGAGUAUUCGCCAAUAUUGUCAAAUCGGAUGUUCUCGACAUUGCAGCUUGUCAUGAUAGAGGCGAUGAAAGUAGGAGGCGGUAAUAACUAUAAGAUCCCCUAUAUCAACAAAGCUUCAUUAGAAAGAGAAUACAACCUUCCAACCCAGAUGAAGUGUGAUCUCAAUUUGGUUCAGGAGGUAUGUAGGAAAAUUGAUUAAUUAAAUGGAGCUGCUGGUUCAUGUGAAGUUCAGAUGUCCAUAUUUUGCUUAAGGAUGUCCCUUGUCAACUUACUUUGCUGGAAUAUCCAUAUGCAAGUCUCUUUUGAUCGAUGUAGAUAUGUAUAGAGAAGUCCUUUGUCACCAUAAAUAUGUGUAGUCUUUUGGUCUAUGUAAAUAUGUAUUGUACAGUCCUCUAUAUAGAGAA